AUGUGUGGAGAAACGGAGCAGCACACACACCUCCUCCGUCUCUCUCCGUCCGCUUGUUCCCCUGCGCUGCUGCUGCUGCCGCCGCUGCGGGCUGCAUCGGAAACCAGGCCGGAAGAGAGCGGCGGGCAGACGGGCCACAGGAACGCGUUCAACCUGAGUGUGGCGUCAUUCUCAACCCGGCCUCUGACUUACGAGGUUAAUGCAACGAAGAACGAGCCUCGAGCUGCAAGUACGGAUGAGGAGCGACCUACGGAUGUCUGGUUGUACCAUCUGAUGGCGUGGGGGGUGCCUCUGGUCAUGGCCUCUUUGCCACUGCUAAAGGGUUACUACGGCCCCGCAGGAGCCUGGUGCUGGAUCACAGACGAUCACGUAGCCUGGAGAUUUGGGAUAUGGUACGUGCCUCUGUUCAGCCUCAUCUUCCUAAUGAUCUGCUGCUACGCCAGGAUCAUCUGCGUGGCCAAUGCGAGGAUGCAGUCAUGGCUGGGAACUUUCAACCCAGAGAGAGAGAGACGAAAGGUUUCCUUGGCUGAGGAGAUCAAGCCAUUGAAGUGGUAUCCCUCCGUUUACCUGCUGGUGUCCAUCUUUCCCCUCAUCAACAGGCUUCAUAAUGCCUUCUACCCCAAGGAUCCGUCCUUCUCGCUCACCCUGUUGCACGUUUUGUCAGCACCACUACACGGUUUGGCCAAUGCUUUCGUCUUUGGCCUGGAUAGGGACUGGUGGAGCGUACUGAGCCCCACUGGCCUGCAGCUGGCUCUGCAGUCGCGGCUGUGUGACAGGACUCGGAUUGGAGAGUACCACCCCGGGGCGGUGCGCUACACACAGGCUGACCUGGUCGACCUCAGCGAUGACGACGACGAUGACACCAACGUGCUCUUCUACUCCCCUGACAUGACCCUGAAAGACCGAGGGCCCUGAGAGAGAGAGGGAGAGACAAAAGAGCUGGAGAGAAGGAGCACGAAGGAGGGUCACAGCCAGAGAGAGACGCAGCGGAUUAGAAACUGAGAGGCAGGAACAAGAGGUAGGGAGGGAAUGGAAGGGAAGAUUGGGGGGACAGUCAGGCAGAUAGAAGGCGGAGAUGAGCUGUCAGGUUCCAUUAUUAAUCCCCAUCCUUUACUAUUUAAUAUCCUAAAGACACACACACACAUACUGAGCAGGGCUGCAGCUCCCCGCAAUUCUACCACGAGAGAGGAGCGAGAGAGGAGCGGCUCUAAAUAUCCUCCUAAUGUUAAAGGCAUCUGCUGCGUCCCAAAGGUCUUAAAACGAUUUCCCCUCUCUGCACUGCCUUCUUGACUCCUGCAUUCUGCAGCGUUUUGGCAUACCACAAAAAUGAAAGGGAAAAAAAACCAUAAAGAACGGCUGAAAGGCAAUCAUAACAAGGUGUAAGUUUAGCAUUCGCAGCAAUUACCUUUUCACUUCUCUGCAGGGGACGAGGUGAAAAGCAGGCCUUUUUAAAAGCACCCUGUGUGUCAGACGUGAAAGCGUUUACUCUGAGAUUGAUCCUGGUUUUCAACAAUUUUCUUCCCGAUAGGGGGGGAGGAGGAAAUACAGGAGGGGUGGUUUAGAAACAGUGAAGAUGACUUGGUAGGGCAAAUAAGUCCCAAAGGAGUGUCUCCUUUCUCAGACAGUAUUUGUUUUUUUUCUCUUUGCGUAUGGCGUUACUGUUGUUGCAACUUCUGCGCAAGUAAUCCUUUUGAAAGGUUGCUUUUUGUAUUUUUAUGGAAUACUACAUUUGUUUGUUAUACUAUAUUUAUCAUGUACUGUUUAUAUUUAAGUGUACACUCUAUUUUUGUACGUGCCUCGGACUGGAAUGUGAAAUUUGGUCCAAACAUGCUGCUUUCAUGUGAUAUUUGAGCAGAUUCGAUACAUGAAGCCUUAUGAACAACAACAACAACAAAAAAAGCUUUUCGUCAACACAAACACACAACCCAGAUAUUUCCCCUCUCUGUUUUAAACAAAUUCCGCCCAUAUAACCCUCUUUAAACGAAAUAUCUUUGUACACACCACAAUGCAAAAAUGACUGCAAACGUUUGCCAUGUUAGCUAUCUUCAGCAGUCUCAUUGCGAAGAUAGUAGGCUAAAGUUACCUUUUUCAAAAUGACGACUGAAAAUCUCAUCACUGUUGAUUCCCCUUUGAUAUAAAUAUAAAGGAACUCACUCAACAAUAAGAGUAAUGCUCUGGACAUGCAAGGGUGCAGCAGUACUAACUUUAAAGGAACAGUGUUUAAGAUUUAGUGGGAAUUAGUGGCAUCUAAUGGUGAGGAUUGUGAAUUGCAACCAGCUGAAACUUCUCUGGGUUAGGGUUCCUUCAGUGUCCUAUUACUAUGUUUAAAAGGGAUUGUGUUUACUGUGUUUAUGAGAAGUGACCUUAUGAAAUUCACCCUUAUGUGCGUUCCAUUUGAAUGCAGCAUUUGUUGAGGAGGUUUUUACCAGGAGCCGAAAUAUCCACUGAGGUCCCUCUCUCUCCAAAGAAGCAGACCAAGUAAUUUAUACUGGUAAAAACACUGAACAAAGCAUGUUAAAAAAAAACCAAAAUGUAAGUGUUUUUGCGACAUUCUCGUCGCUGAGGGGCUGUUAACCAUGGUGACUAGCGCAAAAAUGCACAUAGUCCUAACUAGAGCCAGUGGUUGGUUUAUCUGUUCUCGACUACUGCAGAAACAUGGCAGUUCCCAUAAUGAGGACCCGUUCCAUAUGUAGAACAUAGUAAUUGUUAUUUUCAAGUGAUUAUACGUGAAAGAUUAUAACAGUUACUAUGUUCUGUUUCUGCCAAUAUAUCCCCCUAAAUCCUACAUCUCUGGACCUUCAGGUUUAAAGUAAACAUUACAACAUGCAGUGCUGAUAAAACAUAAACAAAGCACUAGUCCGCCUUGCAAAUUUGCAAAUCCUAAAAUUGGCAAUGGAAUGGCUUUCCUUACUCUGCCUCUGAUUGGCUUACCCUGAAAUUCUUGCCCAAUCCAAAACCAGUCCCACUCCUCUUGCCUAAACCUGUCCAGUACAACCAACAAAGGCAACAAGAUCUAGCCAAUCACAGGGAGAGUAGGGUGGGACAUUUCUUUUCUAGGGUCAUAGAUGUAUUAAGAGAACUGGAUACAGCAUUGGCGACGGGGCCCCAUUCUUUACUAGCUGCUCAGUAGCUCAUGAAGCAAAAAAAAGCUCUAUUUUCGCGGUAUGACCCGGAUCUUCUGCAUUAUGGGGCCGAAAAGAGGAUGAGCAUUAGACACUUAUGGCAGCUGAAGGCGACCUAGUGACAAACUUCUUUUGGACAAACAGCAAACUUCCGGAUUAGCAGUCUGCUAACUUGAAUGCGGAUAAAAUCAUUUAACCUUGUGGCUCUAGACUUUUCAAAUGUUAUCGGACUGAACAGAUCAAAUCCUAACUGUUCUGGGCCCUAAGGCAACAUGUUAGGGACCUCGAAGAUGUUAUUCCACUUUUGGCCACUAUGUAAAAUUUGCUUCAAGGCCUUGCAUGUGGGGGUUUGGCAAGGAUUUGCCAAGGAUGUAUUAUAGGAAGUCUGGAUACUACGAUGGAGGCUUAGGCGUCAUUCAUUUCUUUGAGAGCUGCUCAUUGGUGUAUGGAGCGGGAAAAAAAGCAGCUCUUUUUCCAGGUAUAAAAUACCCGGAUCUACUGGCCCAUAAGGCAUGCGCAUUAGAGACUUAUAGCUGCCGAGUGUUCCCGAGGAGCUAAAUUCGGCUGGCGGACCGACUGACUUACGGCGCAGUGCUUCGCUACCUUGAAUGGCGAUCUAAAAAAUGUAAUCUUGCGGCUAUCUAGAUUAAAUCUAGAUAGUGAAAUGAGUCGUUUUGCGGGGGGUUGACCCUCACAAAGAAAUAUUUACGGAUUUACAGACAUCUCUUUCCCGAUGAAGUCUUUCUGUGCCAGAGUGCGUCACCUUACGGUGUAAUUCCACUUUUGGCCACUAUGUAAAAUUUGCAUCAGAGCUAUGGGGCACUUCCUGAAGGCUUGACUAGGAUUUGCAAAUUUGCAUCAGCCAUUGUUGCAGUUAUUGUCUCUGGCCAUGCUGAGUACACAAAGCAACAUUUGAGGUACACAAACUGAUGAGUUGACAUCAUCGUUUCUCAAACGCUCUGUUGCACGUGUCGACCUCAGAGUUACAAUUAAAAUAUGUCAGUUUUAGUGACCUAAAACACAGUUUACAUGUAGACGAGAGGCCAAAACACAGAGGAAAUAUUUUCAGUAUCUGUAUACUUGUAGACACCUGUCAAAACAGGGUGGAAACGAUGACACACACUGCACAGCGACAGCCCUUUGAUGGUUCAUCACCUCGUGGCCCUUGUCAGCGGCGCUGAGGGGACGAAGCUGAGGUGUGAUUGGCAGGAUAAUAGAGUCGCUUUAUAUUCAACCUCAGCCCCAUUUGGUUUUCCCUACAUCGAGGUGGUUUCAUCAGAGUCUGUGCGAGCUGCCGGCUGUCAGCUGCCUCUCUGACACGUUGAACUAAUGAACCGACACUUGACCCUUUUUACCCUUGAGUUGUUGAACUUUUCUGCCUGGCGUCAGUGACACCAGAGUGAAACUUUGAGGUUUACAGAGCCUCACCACCAACACUGAAACACACACACACACGCACGUGCCCCUACCCCUCUUUUGGCACUGUUGCUGGUUUUACUUGACUGUGCACUCCAUCAAAUAAAUGAGCAGGAGAGACAUUUCAUAACAAA